AUGUCUAGGGAAUGUCCUCAUAAUAAGAAUCAGAUGCAUGGGAGGAGCACUGGUCGAGUUUAUACUUUGGAUGCAAGGAAGGCUAAGAGAAACAAUGCCUUAAUUGCUGGUACGUGUCUCGUCAAUAAUCAUCCUUGUUUUGUAUUGUUUGAUUGUGGGGCGACACACUCUUUUGUAUCAAUUAGGUGCAUGAAGCGUCUUGGCUUACAAGCAAUUCUCUUGUCUCUUCCUAUGGUGGUUACUACCGCCAUGGAUGAUGUGGUUGAGACACCGUUGAUUUGUGAAAAUUGUUCGCUCUCGGUGAAUGGUAGAAUUUUCCACAUUGAUCUUAUUUAUUUACCACUUAAGAAGGUUGAUGUAGUUUUAGGGAUGGAUUGGCUUUCCGCCAAUUCGGUGUUUAUUGGAUGUGAAGAGAAGUUGAUUACCAUUCCAUCUAGUGAAGCUACUCCAAAAGAUGUAUUGACUACUAUCUUGGAAGGUACGGUUGGCAUGGUUAAUAUAUUAUUUGAGAAUGAAAAGUCAGUUCUCUUGGUUCUUACCAAGGAAUCUAGCGAUAAUCUGAGUGUUACGCAAAUCCCUGUUGUUUGCGAAUUUCCGGAAGUUUUCCCUGAGGAUGUCACCUCUCUUCCUCCUGAAAGGGAAGUGGAAUUCUCUAUUGAUCUGAUACUUGGGACGGCUCCAAUUUCCGUUUCUCUGUAUCGUAUAGUGCCACUAGACUUGAGAGAGUUGAAGAAUCAAUUGUAA